CCACAAAACACAAGUCGAACCUCACAAACUACAGUACAGUACCGUACAGGAAGCAACCAUUGCCGCACCGCAACACAGCAAGACCACACCACACCACACACCGCCACAGCAAACGGCAGCAGCAUGAGCGGGCGCGGCAGAGGCAUCUCGAACGCCCCGGCGUGGAUGACGCGCCAGAACCAGCUCGGGAACGGAGACGGCCCGCCGUCGGGCCUGCCCCCUCCGCCGGCGGACCGCGACAGGGAUCGCGAUCGGGACCGGGACCCCUUCGGGCGGGCCCCCCGCGGAGGCGGCUACCAGGGCUCCCACCCUCCCCGGGGGGGCGGCGGCGACGGCCACUACGACCGGCGGUACGAGGACCGCCGCCGGGGUCCCUACGACGAUCGCCGCAGAGGCGGGCCCCCGGACGACUGGAACGGCCGGRGGGGGGGCCGCCGGGACGGGCACCGCGACAGAGACCGAGACCGCGAUAGAGACAGAGACCGGCGCGGCAACCACGGCGGCAACCACGACACGAUCGGCAGCAGCAGCCGGGAGCAGCUCAACACGAUCGUCUUUCGGUCCUACGAGGAGGAGCAGGAAUGGACCCACGACCGCCGCCGCAAGCGCAAGGCCCGUCCCUCCAAGUUCGACGUCCCCCCGACGGCCAAGCAGCUGGAGAACGACGCCCGGAUGGCCUCCAACCCGGCCGCCACCGACUUUGCCGGGAUCCCGGCCGGCCGGGACUUUUCCGUGGUGCCCCAGCAGACCCGGCACGCCCGGCGGCUCUACAUCGGGCACCUUCCCCCCAACGUGCACGAGCAGGAGCUCCACGACUUUUUCAGGGAGGCCAUUGCCCUCGCCACCGUCCGGAAGGACGGGGAGGAGGCCGAUCCGAGCGAUCCCAUCCUGUCGGUCUACAUCAACCACGAGCGGCGCUUCUGCUUUCUGGAGUUCCGCGACGUGGCCAUGACGACCGCCUGCAUGUCGCUGGACGGGAUCAACAUCAACAAGAAGGGAAAGGUCAAGGUCAAGCGGCCCAACGACUACAACCCCAUGAUGGCCCCCCGGGUCCACCCGUCCGCGGUCCCGGUCCUCGACGUGAGCAAGCUCGGCAUCAUCAACUCCAACGUCCAGGACGGUCCGAACAAGGUCUUUAUCGGAGGUGAGUGGUGUUUGGUGGCACCGUGUGUUGUUCUGUGCUGUGUUGUGUUGUGCUGUGCUGCCUUGCCUUGCCUUUUUCGUUCUGUGUGUUUUUGUGCUUUGCUCCGGUGCCGCACUCUCUCACCCCCGCCGUCCACCGUGCGUUCUUGCCUUUCCGUUGCUGCCUGCGCACCCCGACGCAGGCCUCCACUAUCACCUCACGGAAGCCCAGGUUCUCGAACUCCUCCAGGCCUUUGGCAAGGUCAAGGCCUUUCACCUGGUCAAGAACGAGCCGGACGCGAUCACCAGCAAGGGCUACUGCUUUGUGGAAUUCGCGGAUCCCGCCGCAACGCCCGUGGCGGUCAUGGGCCUCAACGGAAUGGACAUGGGGGGAGGAAAGGUCCUGACGGCGCGGGUCGCCGGCCACCGGGGACAGCCCACGGCGGCGGCGGUCCCGCAGUAUCCACAGCCGGUGCCGGUGGGAUCGGCAACCAUCGGCGCUUCGGCCGGAGACCGGUUGAUCGUCACCGGGUACGACAUCGAGGACCUGGUCGACGCCGCCAUGGGCCUCAAGCCGAUGCCCACCGCGCCGACCCACGUCGACCAGUUCGGCAUGCCGAUUACCAAGAUGGGCGGCGGCCUGCCCCCGCCGACGCCCGUCACCCGGGCACCGGUGGUCCCUUCCGGGGCCUACUCGUCGGGGGUGCCCCCGCCUCCCCCACCGCCACAGAUUGCCGCCGCGGCCGCCCUGCCACCGGGAUCGUCGGCCCUCGACAUUGCGAACGCCGCCCUCAACGCGGCCUUUGGUCCGGGUGCGGCAGCCGCCCCGGCCCCUCCGCCGCCGGUCCCGGGCACGCAGAAAACCCGGAUCCUGGUGCUGCUGAACAUGGUCGAAAACGAGGACCUCGAGACGGACGAGGAGUACGCCGGACUGAGGGAAGAGGUCGAGGAGGAGGUCAAGAAAUUCGGAAAACUCCUGUCGAUGCAGAUCCCGCGCAAGGCCUCGGGGUCGAUCGAAGCGAGUGCCGUUGGGAAAAUCUUCUUGGAAUACGCCACCACCCAAGACGCCGCGAAUGCCGAGCAAGAGCUUUCCGGUCGCCAGUUUGGGCCGAACGUGGUCCAGGCAAACUACCACGACGAGCAGGAAUACGCGGGACUGAAAUUGCGCUGAGAGGGGCACGACCGAAACCAUGCUACGGAGUGGUGCGUGCAAGGAGUCCUGUAUCACAAACCGCCUUUUCCUUUCGAACCGGAGGGUUUUCUCUCUUUUGCCGUGUGAUUUGUCGUCUUCUCUCUUUCUAUCUCUCGCUUUGGACGGUCUGGUUUCGUUGUCCCUGAGUGAGGUCGGGCUACAGCCGAUGGGGAGUCAAGGUGGAACGAAAGGAAUUUUUCCUUCCCGCACGGUGUAAAAAACAGCCUUCUUGUUCCUUGCUAUUGUUUUCUCCCUUGCUCCUCGCGCGCACAGAGACCUCGAGACGACACCAUCAUUACUACCGUACUUUUAUUUAAAUCUUAAUUCGUUUUGUUCUGUGACUGGUACCGGGCACGGAGGAACCAUUUUCCUCUAUCCGAACAAUUUCUUUCCACGAACGACCAUGGCUCUUUUUCACUAUGCUUUCUCGGAAAUGAAUCGUUUUUAUUCAAUGCCACCUUGCUCUCACACGCACAACCAAACGUGUGACAACCACCUCUGUGUACAGAAAGUGUGUUUUGUUCUCUGAACCAACGGCUUUCUCUUGUUUGCAACCUGUGCAUUUCACUUCAAAAAAUAAUUGUAGCACCCAUACAAGGCUUCGUUUUUUUAACAACAUGAAUAGAUCGCAUUGAAAACA